GCUUUUAUUUUGACGUUUGUUGGCGGAAACUAUGCGGGAUCACAUCCCGACUUGAUCAGUUUGGAGAUGAGUUGUAAUGGAUGUUGAUAAUGCCCGUUUGAAAGUGCAGCGUGGGACCGCGGUGAAAAGAUGAGGCAGUCGGUAACAUCGCGGUUGCCGGUGUAACGAGGAGGUUCGGCUCGCUUUGUGCGGUGAAUAUUUGCCGGCGAGGGUUCCAGCUGGCUGGCCGGUGUUCCUCCCAGCGGCGGGAGCGGAGCAGUUGUUCAGCCUGGAGCCGCUGAACAAAGAGCUUUUCUUCCCCGGACCAUUGUUACCGUGCAGGGCGCCUGAAACUGAUUCCGAACUGGUUUCGGACGGUUAAAGUUUGGGGCGGCCUGUGCUCCAGUCAUGACCUCUGGGAAUGGGAGCACUAACAGCAGCCAGCACAAUGGAGACGGCAAAGCAGCUCAGCAGGCCAUAGACAAGUCCCACAUCCUGACGCAUCUGAUCGAAGGCUUCGUCAUCCAGGAAGGUGCCGAGCCUUUCCCUGUGGAGCGUCCAUCUUUUUCUAUAGAGAGCCUCCGGAGACGGGCAGCAGAUUCAAAGAUGGACGGCUUAUCUUCCAAGGAGCUAAAGGCCCAACAGGAGCCCAUGUUGACCUGCGAACUGUGCGGUAAGGUGGACUUUGCCUACAUCUUUAAAAGAUCCAAGAGGUUCUGCUCCACAGUGUGUGCUAAACGCUACAAUGUGGGAUGCACAAAGAGAAUGGGUCUCUUCCCGAACCGCAGAACCAGCCUGGAGAACCUGAAGAGACGAACGUUGAAUGGGAAUUACAAAAACAGCAGCUUGGAGUCUAAAAAGAAGAUUGCUCCCUCUGCUGGUCAGAAUGUUCACCCUGCACACGGAGAGUCCAGUCAGUGUUCAGACCUGUCCGGCUACAAGGGAGUCCCGUCACCCCCCUUGUCUACGGUCCCUCGGGUUCCUGCRGUGCCGACCCCCGACCUCCCGCCGCUCCCCUACAGCUUUGUGCACAGCGAUCCGGGUCAGUGGAACAUCCAGGACGUCUACAGGUUCAUAUCCUCCCUGCCAGGUGGGUCUUUGAUAGUUUUUGUUCCACUUAGAAGAAUUACUGUGCAACAAUUGAUUUCGGNGGUCUGCAAAACAGAGCACAGAACUCCUGACAUCAUUAUUUUCAGGAUUUAUAAUAAGGCUUAA